UACUAAGCUGUAAAACGUCGAAUAAAGCCAAGAUUUCCCAUUCCAGUUACCAAAGGUAGUGUACAUUAUCCUCCAGCAUGCCAAAACAAAGUGAGUAGAAAAGAGACCCCUUUUAAUAGAUAAAUGGAUCAGUCUUGGACAAAGCGUCAACAAGGAGGAGCCCCUCAGCAUGCUGUACCAGUGGGGACCUUCAGGCAGGGUAAUCAUCCCACUAUGGAGAGAAGCACUAUCAGCGGAGAUAAAAUCCCAUUUGGGAGGCAGCCGCGACACACACGUUUGUCAGAGAGCCACAGCUUUGGGGCUGAAGAGGAGUGGUUGAGCACCUCCAUGGAAGCGAGAAGCUCCUACGGUCAAAGCCCCGUCCUCCAGGGCAUGCAGGCAGAGGGAAUCUUGUACAACCGCAGUGCCUAUGAGCAGGCCGAGAGCAACUACCAACGGCGGCUCGCCUCUAAUGUUAACGGAACUCUGUCCUCCUCUCCGAGGAGUCCAAACACCAGAGGCUACAUGACCUUCCAGUCUAGACGCAGCCUUGCUCAACAGCAGGAUCCGGGGCACCCUGUUACCACCGUGAAGGCCUCUGGAACCCCCCACCGUCGGUACAGUAGAGGCCGCAACCGCACCUCCUCUGAGACCGAGCAGGGGGGCAAGGGCAGCAAGGGGCCGACCCAGAGGAAGAGGGGCCUCUCUGAGACGAAAAGCAAGCCCAGAUGGGAGAAGUAUGGCACAUCUCACACAGGGAAUGGCAGAGACGUGAUUACCAACAUGAGUGGAUUGCAGUGCCUCGCCUCAGAGAACAUCUGGUUUGACAAACAGCGCUACGAUGAGGCGGAGAAGUGCUUCUACGAAGGAGCCAAUGGACCCUCUACACAGGGGAAAGAAGUUAAUGCCAUCCUGCAGGACAUUGCUAAAUCCCGACAGAAUAUUCUUCAGUCACUAAACGGAUCAUCCUCACAUGCAGGAGACCAGGAGCUGGUUUCGCGCAUGAAGAGCAUGGAACUGGAGAACCAAACUCUGCACAAAGUGGUGGUGGAGAUGAGAGCAGCCCUCCAAAAGCUGGAGUCCAGAGUGGCUAUGCUGGAAAAGAGCCCAACAGCUGUCCCAUGUGCUAAGUCUGCUCCAGUCAAGGCUGCUCCAGUCAAGCCAGUAAAGGUGGAAAACGGUGAUGACGAUGACAUUGACUUGUUCGGCAGUGAUGAGGACGACGAGGAGGCAGCACGCCUUAAGCAGGAGCGCGUGGAUGCCUAUGCAGCCAAGAAGUCCAAGAAACCUGCCCUCAUCGCCAAGUCAUCUAUCUUGUUGGACGUCAAACCCUGGGAUGAUGAGACUGAUAUGGUGAAGCUGGAGGAGUGUGUGCGCUCGGUGCAGAUGGACGGGCUCCUGUGGGGAGCAUCCAAACUGGUGCCAGUUGGCUACGGCAUCAAGAAGCUGCAGAUCAACUGCGUGGUUGAGGAUGACAAAGUUGGCACUGACAUUCUGGAGGAAGAGAUCACCAAGUUUGAGGACUAUAUCCAGAGUGUAGAUGUUGCUGCCUUCAAUAAGAUCUAAGCUCCAUCAGCUGUUUACCUGGUCAACCAAAGUGUUGCUGCUGCUCCGGUUUGCACGGUUAUUAAAUUUUUGAGCACAAA